UCCACAGCAUGGUUGCCUCCCUCCCGCCUCUUCAAUGCGUAGAGCACAGAAUGCUGAGGCUUUUGCUGACAAAGAUACCAAGACACAGCAGUGAGGAAGGGGGUGGGCCAGAAAAAUAGAUCGUCAAUCAAAGCAGCAGGAUUGACUCACUCAUUUACACUGUAACGCAUUCAGAGAGCAGGACUGAGACAGCGUGUCUAGCCCUCAAUGUGAACCCAACGUGCUGCAUGUGAACUACAGGUGUUCUGCAGUUACUGGACCAUCUGUGGAACUGAGAAUAAAGACAGGAUUUACUGAAAGGAUACUUCAAGGCAAUCCAGUAAACAACAACUUUUGGGAAAUACUUUCAUUAGAAUGCCAGACAAAGAAGUCUGCUUUUCAUCAAUGGGAUCAAUGGCUAGUGGAUUCUAACAGGAUUCCAUCUCCCUUCAGCUGCUUGUGGUUGUGUCCAUAAGGUAUUUCUCAAGUCAAACUGGAGGAAAGGACUUCUUGACUUGAAAUUCUGGAGUGAGUGAGUAGAACUUCUAACCUUGGGGCAAGAAUCCUGUGGGGAGACUGGGAAAAGGGCUAGAGGAAGGGGGAGGGGAGAGGUGCUUGGGAUCUUGCUCCAGUCUCUGUGGAGAACUGCCUUCAACUUAAGUGAACCCCCCCACCCACACACACACACACAAACACACUGAAUCUAGCACGCUUUGUUAACAGAGACGCUACAGAGAAGUGUUUGAUUGCCUGCAUUUUUUAACUGUCAACAGAAUAAGUGCAUUAAGGAGAUAUAUGUAACGUUCAAGCCAAGGGCGUCUUGUGGUUUAAAGCUAACUUGUAUGUUGCACAUGCUUUAUUUUCCCCUGUUGAAUCUUGGAUUGAGGGAAAUCCUCUUAUCCUGUUGCCUUUGCCUGACUACCACCCCAUAGGGUGCCUUUGUUUCUCAGCGAGAUGUACAACACCACGUCUCUGAUGGACAGCUCAGCUCAGAAAUGGGGCGCCAGCUUCAACAGCUGUGACAGUAAUAAUUCUCUGCAGCUGAGCAACAUGACGCUUUGCCCAAAGAAUGACAACUUCAAGUAUGCACUCUACAGUAUAAUUUUCAGCAUUGUCUUUAUAGUGGGACUCAUCACCAAUGUUGCAGCCAUGUACAUUUUCACAUGUUCGCUGAAACUGCGGAAUGAGACCACAACGUAUAUGAUGAACCUUGUGGUAUCAGACUUGUUGUUUGUGCUCACACUCCCCUUAAGAGUUUUUUACUUCAUUCAGCAAAACUGGCCGUUUGGUAGCCUCCUCUGCCAGCUCUCCGUCUCACUCUUUUACACCAAUAUGUACGGGAGCAUCCUGUUCCUCACGUGCAUCAGCGUGGACCGCUUCCUGGCCAUCGUAUACCCCUUCCGUUCGAGGGGGCUUCGGACCAAACGGAAUGCCAAGAUCGUGUGUGCUGCUGUUUGGGUUUUGGUGCUCUCCGGAAGUCUUCCAACUGGCUUCAUGCUUAACAGCACUAACGUUCAGAACAAUACCACAUCUUGCUUUGAGAACUUCUCCUCGAAACAGUGGAAGAGCCAUCUCUCCAAGGUGGUGAUCUUCAUAGAGACUGUGGGGUUCCUGAUCCCUCUGCUCCUGAAUGUGGUUUGCUCUGCUAUGGUGCUCCAAACUUUGAGGAGGCCAAAGUCCGUCGGUCGGGGAGGGAAGCUGAACAAGACAAAGAUCUUGCGGAUGAUCAUUGUCCAUCUCUCCAUCUUCUGCUUUUGUUUCAUCCCUUAUAAUGUCAACUUGGUCUUCUACUCAAUGGUGCGGACAAAGACCUUAAAGGGGUGCGCAGUGGAAUCGGUGGUCCGGACGAUCUAUCCCAUCGCACUGUGCAUUGCUGUAUCCAACUGCUGUUUCGACCCCAUUGUCUACUACUUCACCUCAGAAACCAUACAAAACUCCAUCAAGAGGAAGUCACAGAUUAACCGUUCAUGUAAUGCCAAGUUCUCUGAGGCCUUACAGUCAGAGACAAGCUCUACCCUUCAGUUCAGCUUGAGGUCCAUUAAGAACAAGAUGUUCCACAAUGAGUCUAAUGUAUGAGAACUAGGAGAUGGUAGUAUUGGACAAAUGGAUACUUGGCCCAAAUCCUAUCUUGGUUCAAUUCUCAAAGUCAUUACAUAAACUUGAUCUAAGGAAAGUGAAUGUCCAAAAAGCACUCUAUGGUGAGUGAAAUAUGGCAUAAAACAUGUAGAAUAUGCCCUAUAUGGGUUUGUUAAUAUUUUCCAGGGCAAUAAAUAAACUACACCCUUUUAGAGGGAUUUAACUCCCUCUUAAAGACAUACUUCAAGCCCAGUACUGGACGGCACAUCUGUUCUCAAUGGAAUUAUUUCCAAACAUUUGAAUUGCUUAAAUGUGGAGUAAGCAUCAUGCAAAUAUAUUAACUGGAACUUGAUUAAAAUAGACCAGAACUUCUAACAAUAUGUGAAUGUACUUACAUUUCCAAAAUGGUAAGUGAAUGUGUAAAAAACAUACAAUGUUUUAACCACUAUUUAAAUAAACCUAGAUAUGAAAUAGAUUUCGCAAUACCCAUUGACAACACAUUGACUGCCUGAAGUGUCAUACUAUUAACAAGCUGCAAACUUUUGUUGGCACUUUAUAUCUUACUGUAUAUUAACUUUGCACUGACAUUGAUACUGUUGUCAUAAUGCACUGUUUAGUUUUCUGUUACAAACUUCACAUGAAAACAAAAAUUUUAAAUCUAGUCAGAGGUAUUUAUUUAUAAUAGAUAAUUCUUCCUUUCUCUGUAAUGAAUGUUUAUAUAGCAUGUUUGCAAGAAACAAUACACUCUUAAAACUGCAA